AUCGGCACAUAGCGAAAACAGGACUGCUUCCGCCGGUGUGUAAACACGUCAAAAACAGCAGCAGAAGUUUUAAGUUGUUGUAUGACAAAACAUGUCUAAACCAGAACUACGGCGCAGACAGCGCGGGGCUUUAAAUCCUUUGAAGAAGGAGAAUGAUGACAAAGAUGCGAACUGGCCUUAUGCACAUGGACGGAUGGAUCCCUAUGCUAAAGCUAUUGGCAUAUCUGUCCUUGUCAUCACCACUUCCCUGAUAUGCUACUUCCGCUACCAGCAGCAUCUCCGCGAUCUGGUCAUCUCCCCUCUUGAUUCCCCCUUCAUCAUUAAUGAAAACAAUUCAUUACCAAGUGUGAAUCCGGACAGGUUUUGGGGAACAUACAGACCUCAUACUUACUUUGGCAUGAAAACUCGCAGUAAGACGUCUCCUGUGUUUGGAUUGAUGUGGAUGACUCAGCUGACCAAUCGAAUGCCUCCCCCUCUUCGACACUGGUGUAACCAGGGUGAUGAACUUGAAGGAUAUGUUUGGAAAAUGCACGAUGGUCGUAGUUUUGGAAGCCAGGAGAUUCAGGAGAAAUCUUACACAGUAGAGACCGACUUCGUGAAGAGGCCAGGUGGGCAACAUGGGGGAGACUGGUCUGCCAGGAUUAAGUUUGUGCCAAAGAAUCCCAAGGUCCCUGUUGUUGUUUCCAGUUUCUUUUACGCUGCUCUGGAGGAAAACAAUGGCAAACUGGAACCAAUGUUAACCAAGGGAAAAUUAAAUUCAAUACAAGGCUCCCAUGAAGACCUCGGAGAUUUUGAGCUUUUAUUCCCUAGCAGUGAUGCCAGCCCUGCAGAGUCUCAACGAGACAGCUAUCUAGUGACACACGCUCGGCAGCUAGAUCAACUAACGGAUGUACUUACAGGUGGAUUGAAGGUGGAGGCUUGGGACAGGGCUCGGACCAUGCCUUUCUUCAACUUGGCAGGCCGCAAGGUGCCGCGAGAUGUGCCUGGGCCGAACUUUGUGGUGAAGCAAGUGACGGCACAGCUGCCGUUCACCAUGGAAGUUGUGUUUCAGUCAGACAGCGUUUCCGACAGAAGUGCUCCGCUGAUGGGAGAUGUGUUCACUUCUGAACUUGCUGCAAGAACUGAGAAUUUUAAUGAGAAGUUUGAGUCUACCUUUGAAUUAAAGAAAAAAGGUUACAAGGAGCGUGAGAUCGCCUUUGCCAAAGCAGCUUUGGGUAACAUGGUAGGUGGAAUAGGUUAUUUCUAUGGCUCCUCCCUGGUCCAAUCUAAGUAUAACAAGGAGCCUGUGAACUACUGGCAGGCCCCUCUGUACAGCGCUGUACCUUCCAGACCCUUUUUUCCUAGAGGUUUUCUCUGGGACGAGGGAUUCCACAACCUGCUGAUCAGCUUGUGGGAUGCAGAGAUCUCCAAAGACAUUAUUGGCCAUUGGAUGGACCUCAUGAAUGUGGAAGGCUGGAUACCCAGGGAGCAGAUUUUGGGUGUAGAAGCCAGAGCAAAAGUGCCAGCAGAGUUUGUGGUACAGAGAAAUACAAAUGCUAACCCUCCCACAUUUUUCCUUCCCUUAAAAUCUUUGAUCAAGUCCAUGAUUCAAAGUUCCACCCCAGCUGACAAAGCAUACCUCAGUGCUCUGUACCCACGUCUCAAAACGUGGUUUAAUUACUACAAUGACAGCCAGGCAGGCAAGUUGCCAUUCACCUACCGCUGGCACGGGCGUGACCCAACACUAGUCAAACAGCUGAAUCCACUGACGCUGACCUCUGGGCUCGAUGACUACCCACGAGCGUCGCACCCGACAGAUGACGAGAGGCAUAUCGACCUACGGUGCUGGAUGGCUCUAGCAUCGGGUGUUAUGGCGGACAUUGCACGCACCCUGGGCAAAGAGUCACGGGAGUACGAGGCCACUCAUCGGCUGCUGUCCGACAACAAGCUUCUGGAUGAGUUACACUGGUCAAGCAAAGGCUUGCAGUACAGCGACUAUGGUCUGCACACUGAUAAAGCCAAGUUGGAGAAGCCUAAGCCACCAGUCAACCUUCAUCCAGGCCAACGUCCACCACAGAUGGACACUGACAAGGUUCGUGUGGUGCAGGUAGAGCCUACAUCAGGCUACGUCAAUGCGCUUGGCUACGUCAGUCUGUUCCCAUUUUUGUUGAAAAUUGUUGACGCAGACUCCCCCAAGCUGAACCAGAUUUUGUCUGACAUCAAGAAUCCGCAGCGUCUGUGGACUGACUUUGGUCUGCGGUCGCUCAGCCGCAGCUCCAAGUUCUACGGCCGUUUCAAUACGGAGCAUGACCCUCCAUACUGGCGUGGGGCCGUGUGGAUCAACAUGAAUUAUCUGGCCCUGUCAGCGCUACACCAUUACAGCUCUGUCUCUGGACCGUACCAGUCGGAGGCCAAGUCUGUGUACGAUAGCCUGCGCAGCAACAUUGUGAGCAACAUGCUGCGAGAGUUUUACCGCACAGGCUACAUCUGGGAAAACUACAACGACAAGACUGGAGAGGGAAAGGGCUCCCACCCGUUCACUGGCUGGUCUGCUCUGGUUGUUCUCAUGAUGGCAGAGAAGUACUAGGCUUUUAAAUGUUGCUUUUAUAGAGGCAACAGUUCAAAAUGAGACUUAUACAUGAUUGCUAAAAGGACAUUUGAUUCAGGAAUUAUCCUACGAUGUUUUGUUGGAAUCUAUCACAUAUAUAUCAGAAAUACAACUGUUUCUAUGCACAAAAAUGAACUCUUGUUUUUAAAAAUCUUUAACUACUCAGAUUUGAUAAUUGUGUAUUAUUAGUAAAGACUGUUUACGUCAUACUUUUGAAGUAGGUCAGCUGCGUUUAGCAUUUUCUCAAAACUUUUUCUUUUUUCAAUGGUGACCCAACAUUGGUCAAGGAAUAUCAUACAGCUAUGUGAUUAAGGAAAAUGUUUAGUUUUUAACCUCUCAUCGAAAGAGCUGUUUUGUUGAGGCAUGAUUGUUAUUUUUGGGUCCAGUUCCAUUGGUAGUCUCAUUUUGAGUUGUUGCAAGACAUACAGUAACCAAGGUGGACCAGCGAUUUCCUUUCCCGACGAGGUGAAUUUCAUGCUUACCACAUGCAUUGUAGACACUUUCAGUAAUUACGUCCGUCCUUAUUUUGGUAAAAGGUAUUGAGUACAGCUGUGUUGUUGUAGUCCACCUGAACACAAAGACACGGUAAUUUUUGUUUUAUGUUAUGAUUUAAAACCAGAUUUGUCAGAAACCAGUGCAUGAACGCCUGCAGCAUGGUUUUGUUUCCAUGUUUUAAUUGUCAAUCAGUUUGUUCUGCAGAAAGCUUUCCUUACAGUCCAAGAAGCUUUUAGUUGUGAUUUUUAGGGGGAGGGGGAGGUUCAUUAAUUUCAAGAUUGCAUUUUUUAAUAUUGAUGCCAAAGAUUUUUUAACAGAUUAUUAAAGUUGUGGUUUAUUAUAUAUAUGAAUACCGUUGGGGAAAAACUGUGAUCAGAGUAAAUUUCUUUGAUAUUCAGAGUUAUACCUCUUAAGUAAUAUGAACCUGAACUUCUCACGUUCAUACAUAAAGGCAAUAGCCAAUACUCAAUCUUUGGCUUUGGUUAAAGUAGUCAAACACCAUGGAUUUAUUGUAAGACAGAUUACUCAGCUGUGUGAGUGCUCAUUUCCAUCCACAUGUUUAUUGUCCCGUUGGUAGAAUGACUGCUAUCUGAAAAGGUAUAUUUGAA